AUGUCUUGGAAUACAAUUGAGUCCGACGCAGGUGUUUUUACGGAACUUGUGAAGAAUUUGGGAGUUCAAGGUGUUCAAUUUGAAGAUGUGCCAGUGCUUGACGAUCUAACUAUGAUGGGUUGCGAUUUAUAUGGAGUGGUGUUUCUGUUCCAAUAUAAUGCAGAGGAAUACGGCAGAGACAAGCUGUCUCACGGACAGUAUGUUACAGAGUAUCCUGACUCUCUGUUUUUCGCACAGCAAACGAUCCAAAACGCCUGUGGGACCCAGGCAGUUCUGAACGCUUUGCUGUCUUUAAGCGCAGAAAAUCCCCAAACUAUCAAACUUGGUAAUACGCUGAGCACUUUUCUGGAGUUUACAUCGGGUUUCAAUGACUCGGCUCUCAAGGGUGAAACGAUUUCGAAUUCGGAAGAGAUUCGCUCGGUUCACAAUUCCUUUACGUCUCCAGACCCCUUUGUAAUGGACGAAAAUCGUCCGACCCCAGACAGUCGUAACACGUCUGAAUUGUUCCAUUUCGUCGCUUUUAUCCCUUGUGGUGGUGCCAUCUACGAGUUGGAUGGACUGCGCUCAUCUCCAAUAGUAUAUUCCGACUGUGGCAAGGAUAACGGUAAUCCUGAGAUAUUCGCAGCCAAUGUGGCCAAUAUUUUACAGAAAAGAAUAGCGGCAGACGCUGCCCACGGCUCUGCCAAGUUCUCGGUGAUGGCGAUUAUAAGAGAUAGGUUGGAUGCUCUUAAGGACAAGCUAGCGAGUGGUGCGAUUGAUGAGUACACUUUCCAAGUGCAAUUGAACAAUGAGCUACAGAAAAGAGAAGGCUGGAAAAGAGAAAUUGUGAUGCGCAGAAAUAACUUCUACGGGCUGGCUUUCGAGCUUUUGAAGCAGGUCACGAGCGACAUGACCGACGAUGAUUUCAAGAAACAAGUUUCAAAAGCACAGCAAUCUACACAAAGCAAACUGGGCCAAUUUUAUCAAUGA